GGCUGGAGGCUCGCGGACUAGCAGGAUCGUAGUUUGGUGGAUGGGAAGCGCGAGACGUGUGCUGCUGCGGGCCAGAAACGCUUCAAGGUGGCGACAGACAAGGUUGCAGGAAAGCUGAGUUCUACUCUCUCAUGGGUGAAGAACUCAGUGUCCCACACCGUCAAUCAGAUGGCUAGCCAGGUGGCCACGCCCACAUCCCUACAGACCACAUCUUCGUCCACAUCUCUGUCCUCACCUGCUGUCUCACCGUCCUCACCGGUGCAGCUCAGUCCAGAUGAUGUGGAGCUGCUUGCCAAGCUGGAGGAGCAGAACAGGCUGCUGGAGACGGACAGCAAGUCGCUGCGCUCCAUGAACGGCUCUCGGAGAAACAGUGGCUCCUCCCUGGUGUCCAGCUCCUCAGCCUCCUCCAACCUGUCCCACCUGGAGGAGGACACGUGGAUCUUGUGGGGAAGAAUCGUUAAUGAGUGGGAGGAGGUGCGCAAGAAGAAGGAAAAGCAGCUUAAGGAUCUGGUCAGGAAAGGGAUUCCUCACCACUUCCGGGCUAUCGUGUGGCAGCUGCUAUGUAAUGCCCAGAACAUGCCCAUUAAGGAUCAGUACUCUGAACUCCUGAAGAUGACGUCUCCGUGCGAGAAGUUGAUUCGCAGAGACAUCGCUCGUACGUAUCCUGAACACGAAUUCUUCAAGGAGAAGGACAGUUUGGGCCAGGAAGUGCUCUUCAACGUCAUGAAGGCUUAUUCUCUGGUGGACCGGGAGGUCGGGUAUUGUCAGGGAAGUGCCUUCAUUGUUGGUUUGCUUCUCAUGCAGAUGCCAGAGGAAGAAGCAUUUUGUGUGUUUGUUAAGCUGAUGCAAGAUUACAGAUUACGCGAACUCUUCAAACCCAGUAUGGCUGAACUGGGACUUUGUAUGUACCAGUUUGAGAGCAUGAUCCAGGAGCAACUUCCAGAGCUGCACAUGCAUUUCCAAGCUCAGAGCUUUCACACCUCCAUGUACGCCUCCUCGUGGUUCCUCACCAUCUUCCUCACUUCCUUCCCUUUACCCAUCGCCACCAGGAUCUUUGAUAUCUUUAUGUGUGAGGGUUUGGAGAUAGUUUUCCGCGUGGGGCUGGCCAUCCUUCAGAUGAACCAGGCUGAGCUCAUCCAGCUCGACAUGGAGGGAAUGUUACAGCACUUUCAGAAGAUCAUCCCACACCAGCUGGACAGUGGACCAGAUAAGGUCAUCCAGGCUGCAUAUCAAGUUAAAUACAACGGCAAGAAGAUGAAGAAAUUAGAGAGAGAAUACACUACAAUCAAAACAAAAGAGAUGGAGGAACAAGUGGAGAUAAAGAGGUUGCGGACGGAGAACAGACUUCUUAAACAGAGGAUAGACACACUAGAGAAGGAAAGUGCUUCCUUGGCAGAUAGAUUGAUUCAGGGACAAGUGACUCGAGCUCAAGAGGCCGAGGAAAACUACCUGGUUAAGCGGGAGCUGGCCACAGUCAAACAGCAGCGCGAGGAGGCUGCAGCUCAGCUGGAGCAGGCCAAGAAAACCAUCAGGCAGCUUCAGCAGCAGCCACAAGCGAAGGGACCUCCUCGGUUCUCUGAGGAGUCCAUCAUGCAGCUGGAGAGAGAGCUGGUGCAGGCCCGGCUGAAAGAAGCAGAGUCCCAGUGUGCUCUUAAAGAAAUGCAAGAUAAGAUCCUUGAUAUAGAGAAGAGGAAUUCAUCACUACCAGAUGACACUAAUGUGGCGCGACUGCAGGAGGAGCUGAUAGGAGUGAAACUUCGGGAAGCAGAAGCUCUAACCGGCCUGAAAGAGCUGAGGCAACAGGUUCAAGAUUUGGAAGAGCACUGGCAGCGUCACCUGGCGCGCACCGGCGGGCGCUGGAAGGACAGCUCCAGGAGGAACACCCUGAGUGAAUUACAGGACGAGCUGAUGAGCGUAAGGCUGAGGGAGGCCGAGGCCCAGGCAGAGCUGAGGGAGACGCGACAGAGGAUGCUGGAGCUGGAGACACAGAAUCAGAUUCACAGCAACCAGCUACGGCGGGCAGAGCAGGAGAAUCGCUGUCUGCAGGAGCGUAUGCAGAAUGUGACCUUGCAAAACAAAGACCUGCAUGUGCAGCUGCAGGAGAUCAAGCGGAGGCAAGCUGAGAUUGAAUGCAAGAGCAAAGAAGAGGUGAUGGCCGUGAGGCUACGGGAAGCUGACAACAUUGCUGCCAUGGCAGAGCUUCAGCAGCAGAUCUCAGAGCUGGAGAUUCAGAAAGAAGAAGGAAAGGUCCAAGGCCAGCUGAACCACACCGAUUCGAGCCAGUACAUCCGCGACCUCAAAGAUCAGAUAGCAGAGCUAAAACAUGAGAUUUGCUGCCUGCAAGGACAGAGGGGCGCGGCCACUCGUCCCACCUUUGAUAGGAUCCAUAUUAUAAAUCACUACAAGGGCAUCAGUGAGUCCUACCAGUCUUCAGAUGACCCCCACCUCCAGGAACCCCAGCAAAGUAGCAGCAGACGCAUCAAACUGCACCCUAAACUUGGGGACACGGACAGCGAGGAUGAAGAGGAUGACGGGGAGGCCCUGCGGCUCUCUGUGCCUCAGAGCAGCAGCCACAAGUCCACCACUGUUUGACCAGAGUCUGCUGGGUGGAGGAGCUGGGAGGAGCUUUUCCCAGCAACCAUGUUAGAUGUGUUUGAGUUUUGAAUUUCAAACCAGAAAUGUUUCAUUUCAUAUCCGACUUUGUAUGUUUGUUGGACGUCAGCAGUGAUGGGGUGGGGGGUGGGGGGUCAUGGUUUUAUAUUUUAACAGCAUUUUAUAACCUCAGAAGUGGAUCAGUUAUCACCAGGUGUCCAUGACGCCCAGACUAGCCUGCGUCUACGGCUAGCUAGCUUCAUCAUGUUGCACCACCUGGCCUGCAGGUGUGUAAAUAUGUAAAUGUGUUGAUCUGUUUCUAUUACUGCACAUAUGUUUAGAUUUAUUGUGUGAAAAAGGGAUAUAAUUUAAAAAUGAAAAAACAUUAAAAACCUGUUUUUAGUGCUUCUGAAAGUAAAGCACAUGUUCCGAGUCUGGUCCUCCAGAGACCAGGUCCCUGUGGACUUCAGCCACUUUGUCCAGGAAAGAUUCUGAAAUAAAGAUAAUAAUGAAGAUGCAGUUUACAAUGUUUUGAGGCCACGUGGUGACACUAUGGCAGGAGAUGCGGCAGACUGGUGUGAGAUGAAUAAAAUAAAAAGUAUAAUCUCUGGUGUGAA